UCAACUUUUGACCGGGUUCUUUUCCACAUCUCGUCCCACCGACACACCUUCGCCAGUUCCUCGGUCCACCUGUCGACACCCCCGGAAGAAAACCAUGAGUUUUAACGGUACCUGGAAGCCCCUCAAGACCGACAAGGAUGGGAUGAAAAAGUUCUACGAACUACUGGACGCACCCCCUGCCAUUUUGGAAGGCGUCGGUGACUUUAUGGAUAAGAUCUACUACAGCACUCAGGAUGACGGGGACUCCAUGACUACUACUAUACACGGUCUUCCAAAGGGAGACAAGGUCAAGACAUUGAAGCUGGGUGAAGAGGUGGAGGACCAAGGUCGUCUUGGAAAGAUGAAGGUCAAAGCGGUAAAGGAUGGGAACAAGGUGUGCUCCACUGAGACCUACGCCAACGGGAAGACAAGCAGCACUGUCCGUGAAGUCAACGGGGACGAGAUGACAGUCACCAUGACUACGGGUGACUUCACAGUAUCCCACGUGUACAAGCGGGAAUGAUGUCAACCGUCGGAGCGUUGUCUGGGUACUUCUUCAACUGGUGGCCUGCUUUCUUCGAAGCCAUCCUCCUCAGCUGCUUUUCGAGCGCUCUUCGUUAAGUAGGAGUAUAAAUUUGCUACGAAGGCCCACGACGACAAUAAACAGCGGUCGUGGUUGGUUUAGAAUCAGUGCAGCAUGCAGAAAUCAGAGGCUGGCAGUACCUGUCGUUCUGGUUUAAUUUUACUUACAAGGAAUCAUGUCUGACUCAAGAAAUACUUUGAAUGAAUGUGUCCUUUGUAUUUGUAAUGUCGUGUUUGACGCAAUAAAUUGCUGUUUUGCAAAGA